AUGGAGCGGGCCAGCGCGCGGGAGCUGCGCCGUGGCUACGGCCCGCCGGCGCUCCGGCUCGCGCUGGCGCUGUUGCUGCUUCUGGCGCGGCCGCCGUCGGGCGGCGCGGGGGCCCCCGACGCGCAGGAGGCCGCGGCCCCCAGCACGGCGGCCCCGGCCGGCGGCGACCGCUGCCGGGGCUACUACGACGUGAUGGGCCAGUGGGACCCGCCCUUCAACUGCAGCUCGGGCCCCUACAGCUUCUGCUGCGGCACGUGCGGCUACCGCUUUUGCUGCCACGACGGGCCACGGCGCCUGGACCAGAGCCGCUGUUCCAACUACGACACGCCGGCCUGGGUGCAGACCGGCCGGCCGCCGGCGCGGGCCCGAGACCCCGCCGUGCCCCGCGACCCGGGCCGCGAGCGCAGCCACAUGGCGGUGUACGCGGUGUGCGGCGUCGCCGCGCUGCUCGUGCUGGCCGGCAUCGGCGUGCGCCUGGGCCUGGAGAAGGCGCACAGUCCGCGCGCGCGGCGCACGGUGACCAGGACACUGACGGAGCUUCUGAAGCAGCCCGGCCCGCAGGAGCCACUGCCUCCGCCUCUGGGUCCACCUGUGGGCAGCUAUGUCCAGGUGCAGAUGGGCGAUGGCCUCCUCCGGGGCUCCCCCCACAACAGCACAGACAAGAAACGCCACAACGGGCCCCUGGGGUCGGCGGCGACCCUGGGCCCCCAGCGUGGCCCCCGGCUGCAGGGCGGCGGCGGCAGCAGGACGCUGCAGCCCGACUACGCUAAGUACGCCACCCUCAAGGCGGCCGCGCUGAAGGCCUCAGAGGCCUCCCCGCAGGACUUCUACCAGCAUUUUCCGGCGCCCGCCCCCGCCCCACGGACCCUGCCGGCGCGCGCCCCACGGCCCCCCGAGGACUUGCCCGCGCUGCCUGACGCCUGCCCAUGGGCCCCUCCGGGCUAUGCGCCCCCCGCCGGCCCCGCCCCGACGGGCCACUGCAAGGCCUGGACCACCAGCCGCCUGGCCCGGCCUGCCCCCCGCAGCCACCUGGCGGCUCAGGCGUCCCCUGCCCCCCCGCGGUCCGGCCGCCCGCCCCGGCGCCAGUUCAGCGUGAAGAAGCUGCCCGAAGGCUUUGGCACGCAGCCCCCCGGCCUCUACGGCUGCGCGGGCCCUGCCCUCGGGCACCUGAGCACCAACAGCAAAGCCGAGGUCACCGUGUGAAGGCGGGGCUGUUGGCUCUUCCGAGGCAUCGCGUCUACCAGGGAUCCGCCGUCCGCCUGGCCCAGGGGCCCAGGCCACAAGGGGCAGGGGCACCGCCAGCGCGAGUCCAGCCGUUCUGCCUGGCCGAACCGGACGGCGGCCCUUGGAGCCCGCAGGGCUAAGGAGGGGCCUGUCCCGGGGGCCCUAGGGCCCAGGUUCCUCGUGUAAAUAAACCGUACUCUGUGGCUCCCACCCCUGAGAAUAAAGGAGCCCCAGCUUGGGUCUGAGCGGA